GUUCCACGACAGCGACUCAAACGGUCAACAGGUCGUUACCAACAGGUGACACGCGAACCAAAACAAGAAAAAUACAAAAUGGCAGACGCAAGAGGAUCAAAACUAUGUGUUUGGUCAACACCUCGACGCAAGUAAACACGGAUUUUGGAACUUUUCGCUGGCAGGGUUUCGUGUACAGUAUUUUUGUGUCGGAUUUUUAUCAAACGUGCAAUGAAAAAGAGUAAUUUCUUGAAAUCUUGAAAUUAAACGCGUGUAAAAUUCUGUUUGUGUUUGGAGGUAUCUCAAGAUCACCUGUCUACACUGAUAUUGGACGCGUUGACAACCCAGUUAUCAAAUGUUUACUCUCGAAUUAUAUGUUAUAAAGGCUGGAUGUGGACGGGCUUUUAGGUAGAAAAUCUUUGAUGUCCUGAUUUCUACUCUAUAUUUGGUACAGCCGGAAAUGAGGCGUGCGCCGAUGUUUGGAGUUGUUUGGUUGGUUCUAUUCACUGCUAGAUGCCGCUCCUCGCCACAAGGGAAGAACAGACUAGCGCAUUUAUUCAAUUACACGAAAAUCGCAGCUCACCUUUUAUCUGAAGUCGAGUCUCGCGGGAGCAAUCUAUCGGCUUACGAGAUGUCUGCGCUCUGGGACUUUAUGACGGAUAUCCGUCCAUCCACGAAGAACGCCGUGGUCCUCGCAAGCACCCUCGUCAAGGAAUUCACGCUUUCCACGAGUAGAAAUGCGUCCGCCAUUAAAGAGCUAGAUCUUCCGCGGGACGUCGCGAGACAGAUUAGAAUUCUUAGGCGAAAUUCGCAGCCAAACGAUCAGGCAGAUGUCGCGAGGCUACAGUCCUUGAUUACAAACAUGACCGAGAUAUACAGCACGGGGAAAGUUUGCCUCAAUAUCACACGGAACAACACGUGCAUGUCGCUAGACCCAGAUCUAGGGAACCUCAUGUCGAGAUCACGUAACCAGGACGAGUUGGUGUGGGCGUGGCGGGGAUGGCGGGACGCUGUCGCACCCCCUGUGCGCGGGAUGUUUCAGCAAAUGGUUGAUCUCUUGAAUAAGGGCGCGCGCCAGCAUGGCUUGGGGGACUACGGGCAUUUCGAGCGGGGCGAGUACGAGAUGGGAAAUGAUUUCACGGCUGUCAUCAAGAAGCUGUGGACUGACGUAAAACCGCUGUACAAAGAAUUGCACGCUUAUGUCAGAUUUCAGCUGAAGAAGAAGUACGCAGGAAUGAGUGGGUCAGGCCCAAUCCCCGCUCAUCUACUAGGCAACAUGUGGGCUCAGAACUGGGACGGUAUCUACGACAUGGUACAACCCUAUCCUGACGCCACGCCCUUGGAUGUGACCCCCAGCCUGAUCAAGCAGCACUAUACCCCCGAGAAGAUGUUUAAACUCGCACAGUCAUUCUUUGUCUCUAUUGGCCUCGAUCCCAUGCCAAAAUCCUUUUGGAAUAAGUCAAUGCUGAGAAAGCCUGGGAACAAGAGUGUGGUGUGUCACGCCAGCGCUUUUGAUUUUCUCAAAGAUGACGUCAGGUGCGUUUAA